AUGAAUACCUAUAUAAUUGCACAACUAUUUAUAAAGAAAAAGAUAAAGAGUAAAAACUAAAAUUAUACCCUAUAGAAUGUUGGAUUUUCAUUAUAUUUUGUAAUAAACGAAUAUAUAAUCAAAGUAUAUCAAUUCUUAAAAAAUACAAAACUAUUUGGAGUUCCUGGAGACUGUGUUUUUAUUAUUACUAUAACUAAUGGGAUUGAAAGUGUUGUCUAGUUUUUAACAGCCAUUUAUAUUUUAACAUAUAAUAAAGCUCCAUCAUAGAAUGCAUUUUGCGAGGUAAAUGAAAAAAUAAUAUAGAUUACAGGAUUAGCUACUUCAAUUGUUUUUGUGAUUUUAAAUCUUAAUAUAUUUGUUUAUGCUGCUUAUCCUUUGGCUUUAAUUUACAAUGCACUUGAAUCAACUGCUAAAAAUUUAAGAAUUUUCAAUUAUUCACUUCUUACAAUAAUUAUCUUGAUUGUUAUAAUAGGGAAUAUUUUACAGAAUCAAAUAGUGUCCACUACAUUAAAUGGGUACAAUAAAUUAUAUAUUAGAAUAUGUGCAAUAUCGGCAACAGAUGAUGUAAGAUGGGAUAUUAUAAUCUCUAUCACCUGCUUAUUUGUUUUCGUUUUGUUUGCAACCAUGUCUGUUAUUUAAGUUAUAACAUUUAAAAAAUUGAUUCCUAAGUUCUCUACAAUGAGACAAGCUAGAGGCUAAUAUCUAAGAUAUUACUAAAGAUUGAUAGGUUUUAGUCUAAUUAUGAAAUUAUUACUUGGAAUCUUUAGUGCAAUAAAUUUGUUGAAUUGUUACAUAUUUCUUAAAGCAUGGUUAGAAGUUUCAGGAACCUUACAAAAUAUUACUCAAUCGCUUUGUAUACUUGGAUAGACUAUUAUAAUUUUCAAUUGA